ACAGCACUCUAUAGUCAUGCCUCCCAAAGCAAGUGGAAAGGGACAGAAGAAAGCCGGUAACACCAAGGGGCCAAUCCGGACAGACAAGAAGAGACGUCGUCGCCGCAAGGAGAGCUACGGCAUUUACAUCUACAAGGUCAUGAAGCAGGUUCAUCCAGACACGGGCAUUUCCAGCAAGGCCAUGUCGAUUAUGAACAGCUUCGUCAACGACAUUUUCGAGCGCAUUGCCGCCGAGUCUUCUAGAUUGGCCCACUACAACAAGAAAUCAACCAUCUCCAGCCGAGAGGUCCAGACUGCAGUCCGUCUCCUUCUCCCCGGUGAGCUGGCCAAACACGCUGUCAGCGAGGGCACCAAGGCGGUCACCAAGUACACAACUUCAAAAUAA